AGCCGAACUGUUUUUCUCGCUUCUUGAAUCGCACCAAAUGCUUUUGGCUGAUGAACAUCCUUUUUUGCAGAAAACUGUGCUGGGUUACGUGGUCUGUGGAAAAUACACAACACCUUCGGUCGGAACGGUGGCAUGUCAUGUUGUCACGGAACAAGAUUUGAAUUCCCAGCUCGAGAAAAUGUGGGAAGUCGAAAAUCUGGAUGUCGGAAAGUGCUUCACGAGAGAAGAGCAAGAUGUCGAAGAUCACUUUCUUCGCACGGUAAGCCGUGAUGAUGCAGGCCGUUAUACGGUGCGUCUUCCCUUUCGGGAAUCCAUGGUUGCACUAUUAGGAGAAUCAUAUGAACCAGCAUUACGUCGUUUUGUUCAAAUGGAGAAACGAUUCAUUCGUGACAAGACCCUGUAUGAUGAGUACGUGAAAUAUAUGGACGAGUAUGAGCGAUUAGGGCAUAUGGAAGUGAGUUCUUGCGUCGCGGGCCCGCAAUACUUUCUCCCACAUCACGCUGUUCAUCGAUCGGAAAGCAGUACGACAAAAAUCCGCAUAGUGUUCGAUGGGAGCAGCAAGGGAUCUGGAUCUCUGUCCCUUAAUGAAGUCCUCCACGCUGGGCCAACUGUACAGCCACCUUUACUUUCCACUAUAUUAAAUUUUCGGAUGUACCAGUACGUGUUUACGGCGGAUGCCGAAAAAAUGUUCCGCCAAAUUUGGGUCGACCCGGAGGACCGCAAAUUCCAACAGAUCAUUUGGCGUAGGAAUCCGUCAUUACCUCUCCAGAUUUAUCAAUUGAAAACGGUGACCUACGGACUUACCAGCUCACCGUUCCAAGCUGCUAGAAUCCUCAACAAACUCGCCGAAGACGAAGGUGAUAAAUACCCUCUCGCUGCAGCAGUGCUUACCAAGCGUUUCUAUGUCGAUGAUGUCCUAGCCGGAAGUGAUAGUUUAGAAGAAGCCGUCGAAAUAUGUUCUCAAUUACGCAAGUUGCUCAGCCUGGGAGGAUUCUCGUUACGAAAAUGGAGUACGAACAACCAGACAGUCCUCAAACACAUUCCGUGUGAGCUUUGGGAAAAUUCAUCGCAAAUGGAAAUAUGUCGAUCAACGGUGACUGCUUUGGGACUCCUGUGGAAUCCACAUCGUGAUUACUUCGGAUUCAAGGUUCCACACCUCUCCGAACUGUCGAAAGUAACUAAACGAAUAGUGGUGUCAGAAACAGCCCAGCUUUUUGAUCCACUAGGAUUACUCGGAUCAGUUGUGAUCAGCGCCAGAAUCUUCAUUCAAAGGCUUUGGGCCAUCAAUUCUGCGUGGGAUGAAGAACUCUCUGAUGAAGAUACUGCUUGGUGGAAGCAAUUUCGUUGUGAAUUACCUCUGCUGCUCGAGGUGGCCGUUCCUCGUCGAGCUCUCUGCAAUCGUGGCCGUAAUUAUCAUCUGCACUGUUUCUGCGAUGCUUCGAGUAAAGGCUAUGGAUGUUGUGUCUACAUGGUUGGCCCUAAUGAUGAAGGACAAAUCACCAGUAACCUGUUGGUCACCAAAUCCAGAGUCGCACCUAUACGUGGACUAUCAACGCCGCGACUGGAGCUGUGUGCGGCAUUGUUGGGCAGCCAGCUGGUGGAUAAACUACGUGCUACAACAGAUUUCUCGCAAUCGGUCACAUUCUGGACUGAUUCGACGGUGGUUCUAUACUGGCUUCGAGCACCCCUGACAAACUGGAAGGUAUUUGUUUCCAAUAGGAUCGCUGAGGUACAGCGCUUUACAAGGGAUUUUCAGUGGAGGCACGUUCCCACAGAACUUAAUCCAGCCGGUCGAAUCUCGCGCGGGAUCCGUCCAAGUCAGAUAAUCGAUGAUGACUUGUGGUGGCACGCACCAGACUUUUUGACACAGUCGGAGACUGAGUGGCCUAAAAUCCUGCCGGACACUGCACGUUCCGUGAAAUCGGAUGUAGAGGCUGAAAAACGUCAAACUAUUGUUUUGUCCUGCUUGAAGGUUGAAGAUCCCAUAUCUGAACGAUUUUCAGAAUUAGGGAAGCUACUGAAAACUGUUGCCUGGUGCUUUCGAUUCUACAAUAAUAGUCGCAAGAAACGAGAAGAUCGUGUCAUCGGUAGACUUACACCAACAGAAGUAAAUGGAGCACUCAAAUCGCUCAUUCGGCUAGCACAAGCAACAGCUUUUCCGAAAGAGUUCCACAAAUUAACCACGAUCAAUGGAAAUCCGAACGAUAACGUCGUAUUCGAUACAAAUUCACCUCUUAAGAAUCUAAAUAUAUUCUGUGGUAACGAUGGGUUGCUUCGACUAAACAGUCGUUUGAGCAAUCUAAAGGGACCUUACGACUCAAGGUACCCCCUACUGCUUCCCGCCAAUCAUCAUUUGAGUACGUUGAUUGCUCGUUCGCUACAUCUGCGUACGGCUCAUGCGGGACCUUCACUACUACUAUCAACAAUGCGCCAAAGUUAUUGGCCAAUUCAAGGCAGGCUGUUAGUUCGUCGAGUCGUCCGGAAUUGUAUCACGUGCUUCCGAUGUUCACCAAGUAACACUCAUCAACAAAUGGCACCACUUCCAACAGUGCGAUUAUCUCCAGCUCGAGUAUUCUCCUACAGUGGACUGGACUAUUGCGGGCCAUUCAACAUUCGUCCGUCGUAUGGGAGAGGGCCAAAUGUGAAAAUGUAUGUCGCAUUAUUUGUGUGCCUGUCGGUGAAAGCUAUACACGUCGAAAUUGUUCCGAACUUAUCGUCAGGUGCGUGUAUAAACGCGAUAAAGCGGUUUGUGGCUCGACGUGGUCGGUUGAUCGAGCUUCGGUGCGAUAACGCGACAGCUUUCGUCGGGGCUGAUCGUGAGAUGCGCGAACUACGUCAUCAAUAUAAGCAGCAGUUCCAGACGGACCAAUGGGAGCAGUUCUGUCUCGAUGAGGGAAUCUCCUUCAAAUUUAUUCCGGCUCGGUCCCCGCAUUUCGGUGGAUUGUGGGAGGCGGGAGUAAAGUCGUUCAAGUUCCAUUUUCGAAGAAUUUUUGGUGGCUCGUCGUACACAUUGGAUGAAUUUACAACAGCAGCAGCACACAUCGAAGGCAUUCUCAACUCUCGGCCUCUCACCCCCCUCACGGACCACCCAGAUGACCUCGCUGUGUUAACACCCGGUCAUUUCCUCAUCGGGGAACCAAUGAAAUGUGUUCUUCCGUACAGAAUUUUUGGAAACGUUGGUCCAGAGAUUACAUCUCACAGCUACACCAGCGCUCAAAAUGGAAGCAAGCAACGAACAACAUCCAGCCUGGAGUCCUCGUUCUUCUUAAGCAGGAGAAUCUCCCACCGUUCAUGUGGCCCCUUGGAAGAGUGGUGAAGACCUAUGCCGGAACUGACGGGUUGGUGCGUGUAGUACUGGUUCGUACCUGCCGUGGAGUUUAUAAACGAGCCAUUACUGAGGUCAGCGUCUUGCCAAUCGAGACGGUGGAUCGAGAAAGUGGAGCAAACCAGGUCAUCGAAGACAACAACAAGGAUCUUCAAGACACGUUGAACCGGACCGGUUCAACGGGGCCCGGGAUGUUAUGAGUCGAAACAAAUUAUCGAUUAGUACCCUAUUUUCCCUUUCUGGAAUUUUCGAUGUACAUAAAAAUCAUAGCAAACUGGAAUUAAUAAUUUCCGCUUUUAUAUACCAUAAAAACAUAGGCCACGAAGGCAAUAUAUUCUGUUACUAUGUUCAAUAAAACUUAGUAG